AGAGAGAGAACGGUGUGUCUGUCUGUGCUUGGAAAUUUUAUCAAUACCACGGUUAUCUAGUCCGCCACUGGCAGAGUCGCUCGCGAAAUCUACGGGCUCGACGUCCGACGACGGGGUGGCGCAAAGGCUCGAGAAUAGGCCGUGAGAAGUAGAGAAAAGGACAGGAGCGAAAGAGAACGAAUAUGGCCACCGAAGGCGGUCUGGCACCGGAUGCCGCGGGUGCUGGCGCGGGUGCAGGUGCAGGAACCGAUGGAAUUGUCGGUGGUCCUAGGACGCCUCAGCAGAUCGCCUCGCAAAAGCGACUGCAGGCGACGCAGGCGCAGGUUGAUGAGGUCGUCGACAUUAUGAAGACGAAUGUUGAGAAGGUCCUUGAACGUGAUCAAAAGCUUUCCGAGCUUGAUGAUCGAGCAGACGCACUUCAGCAAGGAGCGUCGCAAUUUGAACAACAAGCGGGAAAACUGAAAAGGAAGUUCUGGCUACAAAAUUUAAAGAUGAUGAUCAUCAUGGGCGUCAUCGCACUCAUUAUAUUGAUCAUUAUAGUUGCAAAAUUCAUGCCGGAGUCAACACCGCCACCACCACCUGCGUACGCUUAUCCACCAGGAGCAGUACCUCCCCCGGGUCCACCAGCUGCAGGUGCUCCUGCCGCAGCACCAGGAGGUGCAGCUGCUCCAGGGGGUGGUUCUGCACCCCAAACCGCCGCUGCUGCCUUCGUUGGCUCCUUUAAUGGUAUACGCAGUACGAUCUAAAGAAAAGCUGCUCCCUCCGUUACAAUCUUUAAAUUAAAUUUAAAUUAAAUUGAAUUACAACAAAAAAAAGAAAAGAAAUUAAUUAAAAAAAAAAAUUAAAUUAAAAGAAAAACAACCAAACAAAAACGAUCCUCUAGAUGUGAUCGAUUAAUCGAUCUGGACGAUAAGAAAGAUAGAAAUAAACGAAGACAUGCGAUGAGAGAGACGAAUAAUUAAAUAUAAAUCUUCUCAAACUUCUCCUCAAUUUUAUUUCUUUUUAAUUUGCAAAAGAUCAUUACAAUUCACUUUUGCAAAAUGAAGAAAGUUAAAAAGAAUAGAGAAAUGAAAAGAAAAGAGAUGAGAAGAAGAGAAAAGGGAGACAAUUUCUAUUUGAAAUUGAAAACAUCGUCGUUUGUCCUUGAAUAGCUCGAUAGUCUCAUUAAUAUUAAUUAAAUGAAAUGAAUAUCGUUUAUGUUGGUAAAAAAGUUAUAUCCAAUAUACAAUUAUUUAUACAUAUAUAUACAUACAUAUAUAUAUAUAUAUAUAUAUAUAUAUAUAUAUAUAAAUAAUCUUAUGUAUUAUGUUAAGAAAAACGAGUACUAUAUAAAUAUAAUGUGAAGGCUCGAGACGUGCUCUCUACGUAUGUAGUUAUUCCUAUCCAUAUACAUACAACCGAUAUCAAGGAAUACGAGAGGAAACAGUACCUAUACACAUAAUAUUUUCCAUUACGCGAUCUAUUUACGAUUAAUCGUGAGAUUGCGUAUAUUUCAAUAAUAUAUGUACAUAAAUGAUUAUUAUUAUUAUUAUUACAAAUUGUCAGUGUAAGAAUAAACGAAUAUAAGUAUAUUAAUUUAAUGAAAUAUUAAACGAAAGACAUGUGUUAACGAAAGACACGUGUAUAACGAGGAAAAUAAUAAGCGAAGAGUGUUAUUAGUGUUAAAUUUAUUAUAUCCUCCAUUAUAUAUAUGUAUGUAUGUAUGUAGGUAUGUAUAUAUGUGUAUAUAUAUAUAUAUAUAUACAUACAUACAUACAUACAUAUAUAUACAUAUAUAUAUGCAUAUAUAUAGCUAUUAUUGUAAACAAAGUACCUAUACACGUUGUACCGUCAUUGUCAUCAGAGUUCGACAUUUUUGAGCGUUUGAAAAAAAAAAAUAAACCACGGCAGUUUAGAGAAAUAGUCAUUGUCCGAUGCACGUUUUACAUGAUUAUAUUUUCUUUUUAAUUCUUGAAAUUUUUUUAUUAUCACGAGCCUAACGAAUAUAUACAUAUAUAUAUAAUUUUGUUUUUUUUUUUGUGAUCUAUAAUUUAUAAUAA